CAUCUAGAUAUACCCUCCCAAGUUAGCCCAACACAAAUGGAGAUGUCCAAGGACUUGUAUGGCACCCCUGCUGAAGAGCUCAAUGCCUUUGUGGCUGAAGUGCUCCAGCCAGAUAGAGAGUGGAAGGAUGAGGUCAAGGAUGUCUUGAAGAGAAUGGAGAAAUUCUUUCAAGAGCAAUGCUUCCAGAACUAUUUCAUCAGGAAUGAAGAAGUCAAGGUGAUAAAGGUGAUAAAGGGAGGCUCCUCUUCCAAGGGUGUGGACCUAAAACACAGAUCUGAUGUGGACCUGCUCCUUUUCCUGAGCUGCUUCUCCAGCUAUAAAGACCAGCACACCCUCCGAGGUGCCAUCAUUGAAUUCAUGACGGAGAAACUAAAGGAGUGCCAAAAAAGCAUAGCUUAUGACAUUACCAACAUCUCAGAACACAAAUCCUUAAAUAGAUAUGUGCCUCCAAGAUCUCUGAACUUCAAUGUACAAUCAAGAAAGAGGAUAGAACCCAUCCAUGUAGAUGUGCUACCUGUCUUCAAUGCUCUGGAGCAUGGUCCAUGCCCUGAGGUCUAUGUGAACCUAAUAAAGAACAAAGGCUCCCCUGGAGAGUUCACUCCAUCCUUCAGUGAAUUGCAGAGAAAUUUUGUAAAGCAUCGUCCUACCAAGUUGAAGAACCUCCUUCGACUAGUAAAGUACUGGUACCGGCAGUAUGUGCUAAAAAAAUACUCAGGAGUGCCCCCAAAAUAUGCCAUGGAGCUGCUAACUAUCUACGCAUGGGAGACAGGAACCCAACAAGCUGAAAAUUUCAGUCUGGCUGAAGGAUUUGCCACUGUGAUGGAGUUGGUGAAGAAUUAUAACAGUAUCUGUAUCUACUGGACUAAAUAUUACAAUUUCAAAAAUAUACUGGUUAGCCACUUUGUGAAAAAGCAGCUGAGGUACAUACCACAAACCAAAGAGGAAAAAAGGCCAGUCAUCUUGGAUCCAGCAGACCCCACCAACAAAGUAGGAAACGCAUCCAGGUGGGACCUGGUAGCCAAGGAAGCCUCCUACUGCCUCAGCCAGGCCUGCUCUCAAACAAAAGAUGGAAAGAGUAUCCCGAGCUGGAAUGUAAAGGGAGCAAGAAAUAUACAAGUAACUCUAAAAUGUCCUGGUUUAAAGCAUUGGAAAUACUGUGUGAAUCCCUAUGAUCCUAUCCAAGAAAUAAAAAAGGAGAUCGAAAAGGUUAAAAAGAUCCCUGUAGCUGAUCAGCGGCUCUCCUUCAAGAACCCCAAGAAAAAGCCCAAGAUGUUGAUGGGACAUGAAACCCUGGCAAAAUACGAGAUCUUCUAUCCAAUCAAAAUUCAAGUGAUGGUCAUCAGUUCUGCCAGAUUCAGAAUCCAUGUGAAAUUUCCUGAUGACACCUGCCAGUCCUACCCCUUCACGAACCAAGAUACGGCCUUGAUGGUGAAACAACAGAUUGAAGAGCAAGAAGGGAAGCCUGUGGAAAUGCAGGUCCUGAGAUUCCAAGGUGAAUUACUUCGGCAUAGGAAGUACCUCAAAUCCUAUGGCAUUCAAGAUGGCGACACCUUGGAGUUAGAGUUGAGGACUAUGAAGAAAUCAAAGUCCAAGAAAAGAAAAGAGGUGUUGGUAGGAUCUUAG